GAGUUUUAUUUAAAACUUACGCAGUACUGCUACAGAACGCUGUUACGUGUUAACCUAUGCCACAGAAAAUUAGUUACACACAUUUAUCCACUUGAAAACAUUUUGCGGUGGAGAUAACAUGAAGUUUUUGUUGUUUCUUUGUGUAAUAACAGUACUAACAGUACACCAAACCAUUAAUGCCUCUUUCACAUACGGACAGCCAUGCAGCGAACGCAAUACGGCGUAUCUCUACGUUACGACAUGGAGACUGCCCAAUCAAAAGGAAGUAAAUUGCGUUGAUAUCAGCGGAUUCAAGAAGAGCUUGUCUACGUCUUUCAAUUUGUCCCACUACAACCUCUUCUUCGAGCGUGUGGCAAGAGCAGAUACCAUCUACGCGGACCACAUGGGCUUGAAGAGGUUUCCCAUCCUCGUCAUCUACGCCCUACCCAACACAGAGACGAUCGACAUGUCUGCUAACGAAAUCUCUAAAUUGCCACCCAACAUCUACAAAAUCGCUCCAAAGCUUACAAAACUUCUCUUUUCGGAGAAUAAAAUUAUUAUACCAAAGAGGAAGCCUCUAAUGGCAUCUCCUACAUUAAAAACAUUGAUGUUGAGCGACAACAGUAUAAACUAUUUGAGCAAAUUUACCUUUGCAAAGUUGCCGGCAUUAGAAGUGUUAUAUCUGGAUAGCAACAGACUUAAGUUCAUCCAUCCUAAGAUGUUCGAUCCGAUGAAGAACUUGAAAUAUCUACACCUAGGGAAGAAUUUCUUGGCACAUAUUCCUCCAAAAAGUGUUAUGCCCACAUCAAUUCAACAGUACAUAACGAAAAGUCAGCGCCCUCUUAAGCGGAGAUCGGUCGAACGUAAAACUACCAGAAAACAUCGAAAACAAAAGUUUAUUUCCAAUAAAUUGCCUCAGUGAUUCCAAGCUCAGCUAAAGGAAAGCAACUGGAAACAUUCAGCUUUAUCGCUUGUUUUUCCACUUUGGAACUUAAUCUUUUUACAAGUACGAUAAGAAGUUGUACAUUAUAUCUACAAAUACCUAUAUCCUAGCAUUGGUAAUAGGACAAGGAAAUUUGUACGAUUAAAAUAAAACUAUUGAGACUAAUAUAACUUGGAAACGUAUGGCUCAAUGUACAAACGUUUUAAUUUGAAAAUUGUGUCGGUAUUUGGUGCAUCUACUAUUAUCUAAAUAAAUUAUGGUAGAAAUUUGAGGUAAUAUAACAAACACACUUCCAAAACUGUACAGGGUGUCCCGCAUAAGAACCGACACAGGGCAGGUGCAUA